GCGCUCUCAGUUUCACAGCAGCAGCAACAGCAACAACAGCAGCACCGGCGGCAGCGGCAGCAGCCGUGAGGACGACACACGGCAGCCAAGAUGAGUGCCGGGGAUGUGGUCUGCAAGGGCUGGCUCAUUAAAUCCCCUCCGGAGAAGAAACUAAAGAGAUUUGCAUGGAGGAAACGUUGGUUUGUGCUUCGAAGAGGUCGCAUGAGCGGCGAUCCCGAUGUGCUGGAAUACUACCAGAGCAAGAACUCCAAAAAGCCAAUCCGCACCAUUGACCUGAAAGAGUGUGAGGUGGAAAUGCUCGAAGGGCAACUGCGGAUAAAGAGGGACUUCCACGGCAAGCACCUCUUUGUGGUGAAGACUUCUUCUCGUAUUUUCUACCUGGUGGCCAAAACCGAGGAGGAGAUGAACAGCUGGAUCAGCAGCAUCAGUCAGAUUUGCCAGUUUGGGAGCCUGGAGGAUGCAGAGAGCUCAGAAGAAAGCUUUCCUCACACCCCCACCUCCCUUCAGCUGUCACCUGACAGCUCUGAUAGAACAUCUGUAGCAAGCCAACAAGAUUCCAGCUAUCCACCGGACUACCUCCUUCUCUCACAGUGUGAGACGGGGAGUGUGAGCAUUAGUAGACAUGCCAGCUUUUCAAACUCUGAGAUCUCUCUGGAGCAGAAGUCAUCAGAUGACACUGUCAAGGACACGGAUCCCUCUUUAUCCUCAUUCCCCCACACUAAUACCAGUCCAUCUCUUUUCCCCUAUGGAAGGCCAAAUAACUCCCCAUUCAGCGCUCCGUGCACUUCCAUGGCUUUGCCUUCAUCGUCUUCCUCUCCACUACAUCACUGUGCCGCAAAUGUCUUCCAGUUCGACAAACCUUACUCUGCUGCGCUGUUUGAGGCGACGGGUGAUAAACUAACACCCCCACCACUGCCACCCAAGCCUAAUCACCUGUCAGAGCACGCAAGUGAUGAACAACUUCAAAGGACGAGGGCAAUGAGUGCACGCCAUUUCUCUAACAAUGCUGCACUUUUUCCCCGGAGGACCUCUUUGUCGAGCCUGGACCACUUCAAAUCAGGAGAUGUCAAGGGCAGAUUGGUGCAAAACAGGAGACAAAGUAUUAAUUUGCCUUGUUUAAAUACCACAAAAGUUCAAAACUACCAGGAUGAGUCAUAUGUCCCCAUGGCGUCCCCUUCCCCUUCGCCCUCCCCUUCUCUUACGACUGUUGAGUCUGAUGGUUACAUUCCCAUGAGCCCGAGAACGUACGGCUUUCUCAACACAACCUACAGCAUUGAGCCCUCCGCGUCUUUCAGCCCACUGAUGAGUCAGCUUGGCGCUCUCGCACCACCUCCAAUUCACCGGCAUCUUAAACCUCGCUCACGGAAAGCUCGACCUCCACCUCUUGAUCUGAGAGGCCUUUCCACAAUCACAGAAUUACCCACUCAUCUUCCUUUGAGCAGAGCAAUGAUCGAUUCAUGCUUUUCAGUGAACCAUUCACCUCUUGAAAGAAGACUUGAGAAUGGGGACACAUUAAGAGAUGAAGUCACAAACUGCUCUGCAAUGGAAUCAAGGCAACAGUUCUCUCUCACCUUUGAUGGAGCAGUUCAGCCCUGGGCGAGAAGUUCAAACCUUGACUACUUGUCACUGGAUUUCAAUUCGGCAUCCCCGUCUCCUGUGCAGAAGCAGAAGCCAUUUCUGUCCGAUGAGUACAGAGUGGAUUACGUGCAGGUGGAUGAGAAGAAGACGCAGGCACUUCAAAACACCAAAAUGGAGUGGACAGAUGUGCGCCAGUCAAAAACCUGACACUAUGAAACUAAUUAAGAACACAAGGUUUCAAGAACACCAACAAUAAACCAGCAAGGAGGACAUUUUAUGUACAUAGCAUUUUUAUAAGAUUUUAUAAGAAUUUAAAAGCACUUUGGGAAACAGUAUUGAAUUAAAAUUACAAGAGCAAUUAAGCAGUAAGGCCCUCUUUUGCAUCGAGGAAAUGCAAAAUUGCACUGUUAAAGCUAAGUUAAGUCCUUGUAGAACUGAACUAUAAAUACUGGCUAAUCAUGCACUAUUCACUGAUUUUUCUGUAGCAUUAAGUUUUACCAAAUUUGAAAAAGGGCAUCAUUUUGUUUUACUGUAUUAAAAA